CGCAUAAAGCACUGUGGGUAAAAAAGGGAAGAACGUUGUUUACCAUGGCGACGGAGACGCUACAGUUUGUCGUUAACAGACACAAAGUGCCUGUAACGUUGUUUAUUUUAAUGUACAUCGACGUCCUGCGGUGCCAGCCGUUCACCAUCCCCUUCAGGACUCCAUCAGACUGCGGCGCGGAGGAGUUUUUCGAUAUUUCGAGUUUGUCGUGUGUGAGGUGCGGUCCAAAUCAGCGGCGGAGCACAACAGGACUGAGCUGUGUCUGCCAGAGUGGGUACAAAACUGUUACCACUGAUAAAGCGUCCAUGUCUUGUGAGAAAUGUCUCCCAAACAAACCGGGCGUCACAAAAGAUGGGUUUGGUUGUAUUCGCUGUCCAGGCGCCCUCAGUAAUGACGGAAAUUGCCAGUGCCCCCCUGGUGAUGUCCUGGUGGAAAGAGAUCUCAAUGGAACCCUCUUGGAAGAGGCCAGGUGUGAAACGUGCGACGAAGACAGUCCUGCUUUGUCGGUACCAAACAGGAAUGGAGACAGGUGUGAGAGAUGUCUGGCUGCCUACGUUAAUACCUCUUGUGCAUGUAAAUCUCCUAACGUCCCGGGAGGAGGUUUAUGUUUCCCUCCUGGUAUCAUCUCCACCAAUGUCAAUCCCACUGUCACUUAUUCUCAGUUGAAGUUCAGUGUCCAGUCAGCCUGGUUCCUGGAAAACCUCUACUCCUCUUCCUCAGCUUGCCUUGGCUUCUCCAACCUGACGGCGUGUCAGGCUCUUGGAAACAUGUGUGUGAUGAACAUGCACUCUUUCAGCAGUGCAUCUACAGAUGCCUGUGCACUCUUCAACAACAUCUUCAGAUUCAGGGCUGCUUUGAGCUCAACCCAAGGCAUUUCUUACUGGAGAGCUAAUCUGCCGUGGCUUUAUUACGGGGAUGAACCAGGAGUUGCCAUUCGCGUGCUUCAGACUGAUCCUGUUCCAAUUGGGUUUAGCUUCAGAGGUAAAAACAAGAACACAGACUUUAGACUGCUUGCUGCUGUCUACAAUGUCAGAGGAGAGUUCCUCAGAUGGGAGCAAGUGGGAGGACAAAAUCUGCAGCUUUGUCCACAGCCAAAAUCCAAACGGGCAGCAGCCUUCAGCUUUGGGACAGCUUACAAAGAAAGUUGUGUUCUCUCAGUAGCACAGCUGUUUGCCACCCACCCCGAACCAUUGUUCUAUGACGUCUUCCUGGACCUCGGUGGAGGAGAAAACACAAAACUUCUACCCCUGCCCACACUGAUCCAGAACCAGCAAUACAAUGGGAGAUUCAUCAACCAAGAGAGCAUGAACAACUGGUACUUGUCUCGACGAAUGUUUCUCGUCGACACCCUGAGCGGAAGAGAAAAGAGCACAAGUUCUCAGCCUAAAGUCAUCCGUGUAGCCAGCAGUGUUAAAAUAAGGUUUCAGUUGGUUCCACGAACCCAGGAAGGGAAGGUGUUUCCCCCUCUAAUGACUGUGACCUACACAGAUGUUCUCAUCACGGAUCUCAACACUCAAACUGUGGCUACAACCUUUGCUGUAGAGUAUGAGAUGGAUCAGAGUGAGGCUCGCUUAAAGACAGAUAUUGCUCUGGGUGUGUUGGGUGGGGUGGCCGUGCUCUAUUCCCUGCUGAAGACCAUCAGCUGGAAGAGGAGGAUUGCAUCUUCCUUCAUUGAUCUGGAGACGAUGGUGAAGUUUCUGUUGUUUUAUGCUGGUGACCUGGCCAAUGUUUUCUUUGCUGUCACUGUGGGAACUGGACUCUACUGGCUUAUCUUUUACAAAACAUUAAAGGCCCAACAGUUUGUGUCAGUCCUGUUACCACUGCCGGCUCAGGAGGAGCAGUUUGUGACAUACAUCGGCUGCGCCUUUGCUCUAAAGGCUGUCCAGUUUCUCCAUAAGCUGGCCCUGCAGGUUACAGUUGAUAUAUUUCUCAUCGACUGGGAGAGGCCACGAACUAAAACUAAUAGAUCUGUGCCAGUGAGUGGCGAAUCAAAACAUGACACCUCGCCAGUCAGCAUCUGGAGGACUUACUUUGUGGCCAAUGAAUGGAAUGAGAUUCAGACAAUCCGCAAGAUCAGUCCGACUUUUCAGAUCAUGACUGUGCUUUUCUUCCUUGAGGUGCUGGGCUUCUCAAACCUGGCCUUGAGGGACCCCUGGUCAAAUUUACAGCGAUCUCCCGAAGAAUACACCCCCUCAUACAGCCUGACACUGCGCUAUGGUGUGGCAGCCACGCUGUGGCUCUGCAUUGGGCUUCUGCAGGUGAUUUUCUUCACUGUGUUUUAUGCACACUUUGUGGAGGACAAAAUCCGUCAGUUUGUAGAUCUCUGCUCAGUCAGUAAUAUUUCUGUGUUUAUCUUAUCAUAUCGCUGCUUUGGAUACUACAUUCAUGGCCGUUCGGUUCAUGGACAUGCAGAUACAAACAUGGAGGAAAUGAACAACAAUUUGAGAAGAGAAGCCGAGUCACUGUGUGCUCAGAGGGGUUUACUCCCCAACACAGAAGUCCAGACCUUUCAGGUGUCUCUUACCAGCCGUCUGGGGAUGCAGUAUAAAAAAAUACAGGAAUCAAUCAGCAGGAGGAACCAGCCAUCACGACUAACAGACGCAUCCACGCUCAGCUCGCUCGAGCCGCACUUCAAAGCUUACCAGGCCAUGAAACACUUCCUGGGAUGUGUUAUUGACCAUGCCCACUCUGACAUGGACUACAUAGUGAAGGACAAGCUGAUGUUUGAGAGUGUCAUAGGGAUGGAGUUUCUUGAACCCACUGAGAAGAGCAUCUUUUACAAUGAUGAGGCGCACACUUUUAGUAACGUGCUGUAUUAUGGAAACGAGGCCACACUGCUGAUCUUUGACACCUUGUUCUUCUGUGUCGUCGACCUUGGAUCCCAGAGCUUUGUGCUUGCAGCUGUGCUUACAUACGUGCAGCAAGUGAUAUUUCGCUUUUUGCGUAACAGUUUGGGAAGGAAGAACCUCGCCAACAAGACUCUGGUGGAUGAGAGGUUCCUAAUUUAAAAUUCGUUGCUAGAUAGUUGAUAUCAUCUUUGUUAAUUAGCUGCAUUUCUUUCACAGAUGUUUACUAUUUACAGAUUCUGUCCUUUUUGCACUUAUUUUAAUAAGUGGUUCUGUAAUAAGUGUUUUUUACUGCUGAUUUUGAUGUAAAUAUUCAAAUUUUUUGACAUAUUUUUGAUGAUUAAAUGUUUUUUAUGACAUGAUAAUCAUCCUGUUUUUUAUUAAAUUUUAUUAUAUUUUUUAGGUAAAGAAUAGUAGCAUAUCCGGUAGCUAUAUAAACAAAGGAUGAUGUACAUGCUCAUAUUCUUAUGAACCCAAUAUUAUUUAUAACACAAUAUAUUUAACAUCUCUGGGUAUGUUGGUGGAUUCUUGUUGACAGUAAGCAGCGCUAUUACAUGUCACCACUGGAUUUUAGAUGAAUCAAACAUGCUCAUAGAUUUAAAAAAAUCAGUCUCCUUAUUUUAUUCCAUAAGAAAUAUGUGUUUGGGAGGAGGGUUGUUUUCUUUUGUUUAUAUAGAUGUAAAUCCAAACAGAAUUUUAAUUGUGUAGAGGAAGGUUCCUGACUGAAGCUAGAAAAACACUGGCCAGCAUGAAAAAGUUAUAAUCUUUUAUUUUUAUUUCUCUCUGUCUUGGUCUUCUUUCUUGACUGUGUGCCUUUUAAUGCAGAUGCUUUACUGAAAUACCUCUGGCUCUGUUACCUCAGGCAUAGUGGGGAAUGUUCUCAUUGCUUUUUGCUGUUGCAUAUUCCAAAUGCGGCACACUACCAGUGCACUGUUCAUGCUACCAUGGUAUGGUAUUGCAUUAGUACACAUGGUGUUACAUCUGUGAAGACUCCAUCAAUGAUGAGCAGUGUAACUCCUACAAAGAGGUUUGGUGCAUUGAAAAAAAAUUUGGGAAAUAUUUCAGCAAGGUAAUGCUUAACUGCACUGCAUGAUUUACAGUAUGAUGGUUCCAUAGAUUAACUGACUAACCUGGCCUGCCUGGAUUCCAGACUUGUGAAGACAUUAGAACACCUCCAAGCUGCUGAACUCAAGAAAAAAUAUUAAUAAUUUUCUUUCAAUAGUACAGAAACUGGGCUCAUUAAUACACAAAGGGUUCUUAAAAGAAGAAGCAUUGCAGUGCGGUGCUAAAUAGACCGAAUCCUAUUUUUUUUAAAACGUCUUGCUGACAUCAAAUUUAAAUCCAUCCAUAGCCCAACCAAGGUAGCCCAUCUGCUUCAAGUUUCAACAUACCAUAGAUUAUCAUCUGCAUACCUGCAUAACGUGUGGUUUUUGAGUUACUGUUGUCGUCCUAUCAGCUCAAACCAGACUGCCCAGUCUCCUGUGACAUCAACAAGGCAUUUUCACCUAGUGAACUGGAUGUUUUCUGUUUUUCGGACCACUCGCUGUGAAACCCGGAGAAGUGUGGCACCAACCAUUCUACUUUCAAAGUCACUUAAAUCACUGUUCAUCCCCACUCUGAUGCUCCAUUUGAACUUCAGCAGUUCGUUUUGAUCAUGUCUACAUGUCUAAAUGCAUUGAGUUGCUGCCACUUGAUUGCCUGAGUGGAUAUUUAGAAGGAUAAGAGGAACAGAUGUACUUAACAAAUCUUUUUUUUUUCUGGUUUAUUUUAAGACUCUUU